UUGGUUUGGGGGAAGCGAAUGUGUGCAGAACCAGGAUGUUCUGACGGCUUUCCAACAUGGAGCCGUCCACAGAGAGCGAUCUGUGAAGGAGACUAAUUUCUUCCUACAUUCGUCGUCACAAGUGACGAUAGAGGUUGGCGAACGUUGAAGAACGUUUAUGAACAAAUCAGAGCCUACCCUCAGGUCAGUGGGAUGGUUCGACCAUGAAGUGUGCCCGCUGCCUUCUCCAGCUGAAGUGUCUCAGACUGGUGGACCAGUCAGCCAGAUCUGCUGCCCAGUAUGACACUCUUUGCCAGUUAGCCUCCUCCAGUCAGCCCAGCGUGCUACAUAACACCCAGCAACAGGUGUUGAGGCAUUUCCACACCAGCCCAGUAUGUGCCAAGAGUCAGCCUGUACCUGAAGAGUUUGUUAAUGAGAACAAGAAGAAGAGGGAUAAGUCUUUGAUCACCCAUGAUGACCUGUUCGAGCAGGUGGCCAAAGAGGCCAAAACCAAAGCCACCUUUAACAAGGUGGUGGAUGUCUUCACCAAGAGAGACAUAAGACGGCGGGGUCAUGUGGAGUUUAUCUACGCUGCUCUGAAGAAGAUGCCGGAGUUCGGCGUGGAGAAAGACCUUGCUGUCUACAACAAGCUUUUAGAUGUUUUUCCCAAAGAAGUGUUUGUGCCCAGAAACUUUAUCCAGCGAAUGUUCAACCACUAUCCCCGACAGCAGGAGUGUGGAGUGCAGUUACUGGAGCAAAUGGAAAAUUAUGGUAUUAUGCCCAACAUGGAGACCAAAGUCCUGCUGGUCCAGAUUUUUGGAGAGAAGAGCCACCCCAUGAGGAAGUACCAGCGCAUCAUGUACUGGUUCCCCAAGUUCAAGCACAUAAACCCCUUCCCCAUCCCCCAACAGCUGCCGGAAGACCAAGUGGACCUGGCUCGCUUCAGCCUGACUCGUAUCGCCAAUGACCUGGAUGCAAAAGUUACCAUCUACCAGCUGCCCUGUACAGAUGUUACAGAGAGGGGAGAAGAGCUAACACUUCCACAUAUAGUAGGUAUCCAGAGCCCCAGCCAGAUGGAGCUGCUGGCCAAGCAUAACCCGAGCAGGCCCGUGUUUGUGGAGGGCCCCUUCCCUCUGUGGCUGAGAAAAACAUGUGUGUACUACUACAUCCUCCGAGCUGACCCCACACCACUUGAUGAAAAGGUAGAGGAGCUCUAUGAUCCAGAGAGAUGUCUGGACUAUCCUUUGCAGCUAGACCUGGAUUUGGAUCUUGACCUCGGAGAUGACGAGAGCUUUGAUGUAGAAGAUUUGGACGAGGGCCCAGUCUUUGCCAUGUGUAUGACCAGUCAGGGAGACCAGGCCACCCUUAACCAAUGGAUCUCUGGCCUCCAGCAGAACAACUCCAUCCUGGGUCAGGUCCCCACCCUGUUUCGUCUGGACUCUGGGCCCCGGGAGCUGAAGGGGGCAGCUGACACAGAGUCAGGCCACUCCCACAGGCCUGAACCAGAGACUCAGAAAGAGGAGUCGCAGCCUGAGGAAGAAUCUGAGGUUAUUUUGGAAGAGGAGCUAAGGAGGAGCCAAGGGAUGAAACAGUGAACAGUAGUCAGACAUUGUGGUUAAGCCUGACAAAAAAAAUCAUGACAUACUGUCGAGAGCUGUUUUAGAGGUAUUUGUCCAGGCUGUUAAGGGGCCAGACUAGUGUGAGGUACUGGUUCAUUUAACUAGGCAACACACCAACUCAGCAGAACCUGAGGAAAUCUAUUAAUAAAGUUGGUAAGAUUCAGGAAUCAAAUAAAUUAUAUUAAAACAAAACUGUACUUUCCCAUGUUACUCUCUGUCAAGGGUUCUAUAUAGCUCUACAUUUUAAAUGAUCUAGGGCAGUGGUUCCCAACUUGGGGGCCAUGACCCCCACAAGGGGUCGCAAGAUCAUUCUUAGGGGUUGUAACAUGAUUAACAGGUUAACAAAUGAGGAAAAACUUAUUUCAACCCUGCAGUAGACAUGGCAGGGGAGAAAGCAAGUAGAAAUUGCUUUAGUUCCUUAUUUAUCCAUUCAAACAUUCAACCUAAGAGCUAUUAGGUGACACUAGUUGAUUUUCCCUUCAGCUAUUAAUGGCAAAUCAUGAUGAAUUGAGUUAAAAAUGCUGCAUGGAUAUUGCAGGACUCAGCGAAAUAACUUGGUUUUAACACUUGCUUCAAAUAAAAAUAAAAAGUUGUUUUUUAUAUUUAUUUGGAAAAAAAAAACCCAAUCACUAGCACAAUUACAAGCUUUGUAAUGACUGGACUGACAUAUUUUACUGUUUAGAACCCAGCCUAUUCAUUGGCAUGAAUGGCCAAAUUACCAGCCAAUUUUAGCUUACCGAACAUAUAUCUGCAUCAGUGUGUAUGUCAGCCAAUGAAAAACAAAUUUCUGUAGAGAAAUGAGAUAUGCUCGAGCUAAUUCAAAACAAAUUUCUCCAUUGCAUAGUUAGUCCACCACAGAGCACUGAAAAGUUUAAUUUUUACACUGAGAAAUGUCUCACAGAGUAGAUACCUUGGUCACUGUUCUCAAAUAACCAAAUUUAAAGGAAUAGAUUACAUUUUAUGAAAUAUAGUUACCGCUCUAGCAUCUCAGCCAUGAGACAUCAGCCUAGCUGAGCUUAACUUAGGAUGGUGUAAGAAGUGGAAGCUGGGGAAAACAGCUACACUGGCUCUGUCUAAAGGUAUAAAAGAAUCUACCUACCACCACCUCUGAAGUUCACUAAUUAACUUGUUAUCUCUUUAGUUUCAUCUGUACAAAAAACAGAAUUAUGAAAACAGCAAUUUGUGGUUCUAGGUUCUUUUGUGGUUCUAACUCUCUGCAGCAAUGCGACUAAGUGUAUUUCCUAAACUCUCACUAUUCCUUUAAGGGAUCCUUGUUGAAAUAUUUGUUUUUAUUACUGUAUGUGUGUUAUUAGAGUUUUCUUAACACCCAAAAAGUAAUACCAGUAUUGGCCUCAAAAUUCUCAAGCUCUACAACUGUUCACAUGUAGCUUAAAAUCUCAGAAAUGAAACAAAUAUAAGAUAGAGCCAUCAAAACCUUCAACUUACAAGGUUCUACUAGACGUCUUUGCCAAAACUAAGUUGGUUCACUUUUUGAGUCUGUAACUUCUCCACAGCUGCUAUCCUGAGAGUAUAUAGAGCCUUAUAAUUCUGCUUUGAGCACCUGUUGCUAGAAUUUAGUUGUUGUAAAAAUCUAAACGUGAGAAGAAGCUUUGCCAAGUCUGGGAAAAUAACCCUGAUGAUGUGAUUGAUAUGUCACAGUUGUGUCAUCAGGGUUUGUCUCAAGCUGGGCUCGGAGACUACAAAUGUAAGAAACUUUGUUAAGAACUGGAAGUUUUGAGUUUGAAUAAUGUGGGUGUUUACCAGGCUGACAGGGUCUAAUAAAAUGGGGCUGUUGGUUGUAUUAAAGGAAAUGUAGUAUCCAUUUUAUUAAAUUAAAAAUCUGUCUCUUCUGUGUUCCACAGAUUUCUGAAAGUGCAAUACUAAUUCACAUGAAUGAUCCGUUUAGGUAGACAGUUUAAGGUUUUAUGGUGUUUAAGGUAUGAAUCAAUCAUACGUGCAAUGAAUAAGUUUUAUUUUUCAUGGUGUGAAAAAAUGUCCACUGUGAUUAAUCUAGUGCAGAGUAAGAUGUAAAUAAGCUUUAAAUAAUUUUGCUAACUGCAUCUUGGAAAAAAAAACAAGGUCCUAAAAGAAAAAGCAAAAUGGUACAAAUAAUUUAAUAAACAGAUUAAUAAAUAAAAUAAAGUAAAACCUGGAAAACAAACUAGGGUCCGGUAGCAAUCCAGCACAGAAUUAGAGUAGAGAGCAACUUUCACAGGAACAUGUCAUCUGAGAUACAAAUAAGAUAAUAAAUGCUUAAAAAAAGAUGUCAAAGAACAUGCCCAAAGGUAGAAAAGGUU